CUGGAACUCAAAUCAUGCUUCAUUGUCAAUUGCCAAAUCAACAUGGUUGUCUUUGCCCGCACUCUACUCGCUCUGAGUGCGAUUCAGGUUGAAAUAUCCUCCGCUUCUCGAUGCUCAUCAGCUGCUAUUGAAAAGCCAGACUUGGUCGGGGCUUCAAUCCUCGACAUCCAAGCUCAAGAAGCCCACAACUUUUCCGCUGUCAGCCUUGGCCCAGGAAACAACGAAGGCGGCCGAUACACCAUCAGCUUCUGCAACAUCACAGUGACUCACACCCAUCCUGGCUGGAAUGACACAGUCCAUACCCAAGUCCGGCUCCCGCUUGAGGGAUGGAAUGGCCGGUUUCAAGGCCUAGGUGGUGGAGGCUACAGCACCGGGUUUGGCGCCACCUACAUGACAUACGCCGUUGCACAGGGAUUCGCAUCGGCCUCUACUGAUGGGGGACUAACAACGGCUGAUGGGUCGUCCACCAUUCCUACCGACUUGUCAUGGGCUCUUAUCAGUAAGGGCAAUGUGGACUGGCCUCUCUUGCACAAUUACGCGACGAAGGCAACAAACGACAUGGCCGUGAUCGGACAGCAGAUCACAAAAUCCUACUACCAAAAGCCCGCAAACUAUUCAUACUUCGCCGGAUGCUCGGGUGGUGGACGACAAGCCCUCAUGAUGGCGCAACAGUACCCGGACGUAUUCGAUGGGAUCUUGGCUGUUGCUCCAGCUAUCAAUCUACAAACCUUCAUUCCUGCAGGUUAUUGGCCCUCCCGAAUCAUGCACGAAACCGACGUUUAUCCGUCACCCUGUGAAAUCAACGCUUUCACAGAAGCAGCAGUAAAGAUAUGUGAUCGGCUCGAUGGAGUUGAAGAUGGCAUCAUCAGCGACCCAGAUCGCUGCUACAUCAAUGCUACCCACUUUGUAAUCGAAGCUGCUUGGUCUGGCUCUCGCUCUGUCUCUGAACAGUAUGGCUGGUUUGGAGUCAACAAGGACGCAGAUAUCAGCAGUUACUAUAUUUCUACUACAUGCUCAGCGAACUCUACAUGCUCCUCGGCCAGAAGCGACUUAUUCGGCAACUGGUUCAAGUAUCUUGUUGCCAAGGACUCCACGUUUGCAACCAACAACAUGACUGAAAAGCAGUUCUUCGACGCCAUGCACUCUUCUCUCCUUGAGUAUACAUCCUUGGUCGGGAACACUGACCCCGAUCUCUCCAGUUUCAAAGCAUCUGGUGGCAAACUGAUCACUUGGCAUGGACUGGCAGACGAAGUUAUCCCUCCAAAGGGAACUGUCUCGUACUAUGAGGAAGUGCUGAAGGCCGAUCCGGAUGCCCGUGACUAUCAUCGCUUCUUUGAAGCGCUUGGCGUUGCUCACUGUUAUGGUGGACCCGGGCCUGUUCCUAAUGGAGCAAUGUCUCAACUCGUCGAGUGGGUUGAGAAUGACCAGGCUCCUGCUGUUUUGCACGCUACUAGAGGCAGCAACAAUACGGCGCGAGACCUUUGCCCGUAUCCUCUUCGGCAAACAUACAUUGGGGGAGAUUUCAGGAAUGCAACAUCUUUUACUUGCGUCUGA